AUGUCAAACCAAACACCUUCAACAGGCGCAGGAGAGGAUCAGCGGGCUUCCCUUACCUCCAGAAUCAUCCCUACGAUGACACUUUCCAAGGGCACUAGCCCGCUUACAUGCCCUCUACCUCCUGUCCCGUUCACCUCCGCCCGCGAGCGAGCUGAGGCACGAUUCCAAGUCCUCGGCAAAGCCGUUGUGACAGGCGGAGCGGGGGUCCUCGGUCUGAUCUCCGCGCAAGCCCUGCUCGAGCACGGACUGUCAUCGCUAUGCAUUAUGGAUCUACCACAAACACUUGAGGUAUCGAAGUCGCAAAUUGCAUCGCUCGCGUCAAAGUUCCCCUCUGCGCUCAUUUCGCAGAUCCCACUGGACGUGACUUCGACAGAUUCUAUCAAAGCAGCAUUUGAUACCGCAACUGAGAGAAUGGAUGGCAUUGACAUUCUCUGUUGCUUCGCUGGAAUCCCUGGAUGUCAACCCUCGUUGACAGUGACACCCGACCAAUUCAACAGAGUGAUCGACGUCAAUCUGAAUGGGUCCUUCUUCUGCGCUCAAGCAGCGGCAAAAGUGAUGGAAGCCUCUGGCAAAGGAGGCAGCAUUCUACUAACAGCAUCGAUGUCGGCUCACUACACCAACUUCCCACAGCCGCAGGCUGCGUAUAACGCGAGCAAGGCUGGCAUUGCGCAUCUGACUCGUAAUUUGGGUGCCGAGUGGGCUGUUCAUGGAAUCAGAGUGAACAGUAUCAGUCCGGGGUAUAUGGACACUAUACUCAAUGCUGGAGAUGGGUUGGCGGAUAUUCGAAAGGUGUGGGACGAACGCUGUCCUAUGGGUCGAAUGGGAGAUCCCGAGGAGAUCACUGGCGCUGUGGUACUCCUUUGCAGUCAGCGAGCUGGUCGGUAUAUCACUGGCGCUGACAUUAUUGUCGAUGGUGGAACUUUGACACUGUGA